AUGCCGACUCCCGAGUCCGAGAUGUUCCUGGCGCAGAAGCCUAAGGUCCCCCCGACCUUCGACGGCGUCGACUACGAUGACACCAAAGCAUUCAAGCAGGCACAGGAUGCCAUUAUCCGUGAGCAAUGGGUUGGCUCCAUGAUGCUGCGUCUUGUUGGAGAGGAACUGGGCAAGUGCUACAAGCGCGAGGGUGUGAACCACUUGGAGAACUGCGGCCAGCUGAGAGAAAGGUACCUGCAGCUGCUGAAGGAGAAGAAGGUCAAGGGCACGCUGUUUGAGCAACAGAACUACAUCACCAAGCAGGACAAGGCAUGA